GAAGCUUUCAGGCAGCAUGUUUGACCUCCUUUUUCUUGCCUUGUUCUGUUUAAUUUUGCCAAAGGCGAUGGCGCGAACAGUUUAUCAGUUUCCCCCAUCAGUGAACGUGAGAUCGGGUGAAAGAGUGACCAUGCACUGCCAGAUAAAUGAGGUGCAGUCAUUCUGUCACACAGUGGCCUGGGUCAAAGUACACCCCGUCAGUGGAACAAUAGACAUUCUCCAGGACUCAAACAUCCCUCGUCAGACUAAAGAGCAGGAGGAAACCAAAGUGUGUCAGGCUUCCAUCUACAGAGCAACAGUGCAGGACUCUGGGACGUAUUACUGCAUUGCUACAGACCGUGAGCAUAUGUACCUUGGGAAUGGCACAGCUGUCACUGUACAAGCUGAGAGUGCUGUGAUGCCGUCUAUUGAUAUCAUGGCAUUUACCAGCAGUAACAAACGCGACUCUACAGUUACUCUUCAGUGUACAGUCGGAGGAUUUGCUUCAUCACAGGUCUAUGUGCACUGGCUCAUGGGGAGUAGAAAGGACAAUGGAAAAACUUUUUUUGUUUGGGAAGAAGGUGAAGAGAAAUCUGUGAAAAUUCAUAAUUAUGUAUCAGUAUCGGCUGAGGAGUGGAGGACAGGAGGAGCGUGCACCUGCAUUGUGAAGUUUGGUCGAUGGAUGUUCAACAAAACUCUGCACUAUUAUGAUAUCCAGGACACUUGCUAUCCUCUUGUCAGUGUAACCAGACAUUUUGCGCUUGUCACUGCUCUACUCUUUUUAACGACCUCAUUAAUUUUAGCAAGACGCUUCUAAACCUCAGAAAUUAUGUAUUUGAUCCUAUGACAGGAAAACAUCAAACAAAUGUUGAUUUGUUACAAAUAAAUGUAAAUGUGCAUAAAA